AUGGAGCUGCUCAAGAAAAAUACAGCAAAGCGGGAGCCGGAGCAGCGAACUGUUCGCAUCAACACCGGCGAGCAUGACAAGAGCUACGCUGGCAAUUAUACCAGCACCACAAAAUAUAACCUUUGGACUUUUCUUCCAAAGGCGCUUUUCGAACAAUACAGACGUGUGGCCAACAUAUACUUCACGCUUGUAGCUGCUCUCUCGUUGACGCCCUUCUCGCCUGUGCGGGCAUGGACGACAUGGACUCCGCUGGUCAUUGUGCUUGGAGUGGCCAUGAUAAAAGAAGCAAUCGAAGACUACAAGCGCUACAAGUUGGACAAAGAAAUUAACAAUCGUGCAGUCCAGGUUUUGGACCCAGAGAAGGGCGAGUACAUCACCCGGACUUGGAAGGACGUUCGUGUGGGCGAUAUACUCGUCGUCAAAAAGGAUGAGCAGUUCCCGGCGGACCUUCUCUUUCUCACAUCGGAAACUGAGGAGGGCACAUGUUACAAUGAGACUAUGAACUUGGAUGGGGAGACUAACCUGAAGAUUAAGAAGGCCCCCGAUGAGACAAAAGACCUAGGGGAGCAGGACUUCGUUCAGUUUCGUGAGGCGGUUAUCCAGUGCGAGGGCCCAAACCCACGCCUCUAUCAGUUUACUGGGAACCUGUUGCUCGACGGCAAGACGCUACCCAUCAGCCCGAACGCCAUCCUCCUGCGUGGUUGCAACCUGCGCAAUACGGAGAAGGUCGUAGGUGCUGUAAUCUACGCGGGCCACGAGACCAAGAUAUUUAAAAAUGCGGCUCCGGCGCCUUCGAAGCGCAGCCAUGUGGAACGCAUUGUGGACAAAAUCAUUUUCUUCAUGUUUUUCUUGUUGUUCUCGUUCUGCAUCGUGGGUUCCAUCUUUUUCGCCGUGUGGACGAAGGACCACAUGGAGAACCACUGGUACCUAUCGCCGGCCACGGGCAAGAGCCAGUAUGAUCCGGACAACCCCGGAUUCGUGGGAUUCGCGUCCUUCAUUACGUCCUUCAUCUUAUACGGGUACCUCAUCCCCAUCUCGCUGUAUGUGUCCAUGGAGCUGGUCAAAAUUGCCCAGUCCAUGGGCUACAUUAACAACGACCGUGACAUGUACCACGCGGAAACGGACACGCCCGCUCUGGCACGCACUUCAAAUCUCAACGAGGAGCUGGGUAUGGUGAACACAAUUUUGUCAGAUAAGACCGGCACGCUUACACGCAAUGUCAUGGAAUUUUUCAAGUGUUCCAUCGCGGGCGUGUCUUACGGCGCGGGCAUCACCGAGAUUGAGAAGGCGAAUGCUCUGAGGAAGGGCAUUACGCUGGAUGACCGGGACAAGCCUGAAGCUGCGAAGCACCGUGAGCGAUACUUUAACUUCUAUGACGAACGGCUCAUGGGCGACGCGUGGUUCACAGCAAAGGACCCUGAGAUCAUCGAGAUGUUCUUCCGGCUGCUAGCGGUUUGCCAUACGGUCAUCCCCGAUGGACCCACGGAACCGCACACAAUCAAGUACGAGGCUGAAUCCCCAGACGAAGCGGCACUUGUCGUUGCCGCUAAGGCCUUUGGGUUCUUCUUCUACAAGCGCACGAACACUACGGUUUCAGUGCGUGAGCAUACUGCGCGAGGCGACCAUGACGUGGAGUACGAGGUGCUCAACGUGUUGGAGUUCACAUCCACUCGCAAGCGUAUGAGCGUGGUGAUACGGGACAAGUCACAAGACAAAAUCAUUAUCUUCACCAAGGGCGCUGACACGGUCAUCUAUGAGCGCCUGGACCCCAAGUACGGUCCCAACGAAGCCAUGAAGGAGUCCACCGGUCGCCACAUGGAGGAGUUCGGGGCCGCUGGCCUCCGUACGCUGUGCCUGUCGUACGCUGAAGUCGACCGCGAGUGGUACGGCAACGUGUGGUUGCCGGAAUAUGUGGCGGCCAAGACAUCGUUGGUGGACCGCGAUGAGAAGGUGGCGGAGGUCAGCGAGAAGAUCGAGCGGAAUCUGCGAUUGCUGGGUUGUACGGCAAUCGAGGACAAGCUCCAGGAGGGGGUACCGCAGUGCAUUAAGCAGCUGGCUAUGGCGGGAAUUCGUAUUUGGGUGUUGACGGGCGACAAGAUGGAGACGGCCAUCAACAUCGGCUUUGCAUGCUCCCUGCUACGGGAAGACAUGAUGCAGUUCACCAUAACUGUGUACGGCGUUGAGGAGGUGGAGCAGGCGGAAGCCAGGGGCGACAAAGAGGAGGCAGAGAGGCUUGCACAUGCAGCAGUAGCACGCUCGCUAGAGACGACGGAGAAAACCAUGGACGACAACCCGACCGCCACGUUCGCAAUCGUGAUCGACGGCAAGGCUCUGUCGUACGCCCUUUCUAAGGAGCUGGCGCCGCUGUUUCUUCGAGUGGGCACUCGUUGCAAGGCAGUGGUGUGUUGCCGGGUGUCCCCCUUGCAAAAGGCCCAGGUGACUCGGUUGGUGCGCAGCAAGGGCGACACAACGCUGGCGAUUGGCGACGGCGCCAAUGACGUGGGCAUGAUCCAGAGCGCGCAUAUUGGCGUGGGCAUCAGCGGACAGGAGGGGAUGCAGGCGGUCAUGUCGUCUGACUUCGCAAUUGCGCAGUUCCGUUUCCUCGUGCCGCUGCUGCUGGUGCACGGGCGGUAUUGCUACAAACGCAUCACACGAAUGGUCCUGUUUUUCUUUUACAAGAAUAUGCUGUUCGGCGUCACCAUCUUCGUCUUCAACGCCUUUAACAACUUCUCCGGCCAGUUCCUUUACAAUGACUUCUACAUGACGCUCUUCAAUGUGGUGUUUACGGCGCUUACACCCGUGGUCAUUGGCAUCUUUGACCGCGACGUUGACAAGGCCAUGGCCUUGAGAUACCCGGGAUUAUAUAUGCAGGGCCAGCGCAACGAAUACUUCAACUUCCGGGCUAUCGCGCUGUGGCUCCUGUCAUCGCUGUACCAGACAUGCAUCAUCAUGGUCUUCAUCCUGGUGGGCUGCCGUUCGACGGUUUCGGACCGCGGCGAUGGCAACCCCUACACGAUGUGGCAGACGGGCCUCCUCAUGUUCUCGUGCGUGGUGUUGACGGUGCACUUCCAAGUGAUCCAGAUCACCGAUCAAUGGACCUGGGCGCACCACGUCUCCAUCUGGCUUAGCAUGGCCGUCUGGUGGUUGUACCUGCUGGCGUACGGCGCGUUCCCCCUCUUCCUUAGCUCGGACCUCUACUAUCUGUUCAUCGGCGUUUCGGCUCCGUCAGCGCAAUACUGGUUUUACCUGCUGCUUGUUCCAACCGCAUGCCAGCUGCCUGACUUCUUUCUACGGAUGGCCAAAAAGCAGCUCGCCCCCUUCGACCACACCAUCGUGCAGGAAAUUCAGAAGAAGAUGGAUCGGGAAGGCCGGCAAGAGGUGGAGGAGCUGGGCCAGGAGCCGUCCCAGGAGCCAUCCAUCCUAACGAGCAUCUUCACUGGCAAGGCCACCAAGAAUAGGGGCUACGUACCACCUUACGACCCACGCUCCAGGCAUGUUUCUGAAUGCAAUCAAAGAAAAAAACCCGGCUUUGACGGACCCCCCUGCACCCGUGCGGACACUGUACCUGCAAUUGAAAGAAUCGAAACUCUAAUAGGUGUACAAGUUGGUGACCACGCGUUUUACGGUCUGGUCAGCUCGGGGGCGCGGCAGGCGGGCCGCAUCGAGACCGGGGUUCGCAGCCCUGUGCUCACGCACCUGGACAACGAACUCACCGACAACCCCUACCGCAAUCGCAAGAAGUCAAAUCUACCGGGGAUCGUCCCAAUUCCCAUGUAUGUGCCUACCGUGUCGCAAGAACGAACGAAUCCAUCGCUUUCAUCCACUUCCCCGCAACACCAGCAGCAGCAUUUAGGGGCACCAACUGCAGUCGCGGUCGUGUACGAUGCAAAUGGGCAAGCCUCGAGCCGGGCUGUGGCCCUGAACGGUGGUGACAAGAUGCCGUCCGGAAGCCCCGUUCCUAGCUUGGCGCCUGCACCGGGCGCCAUUGCUAGUCCCGUCAGCACGGACACAUUAUCGCCUCCGGAGAAUGCGGGCCAGCAGGAGCGCGAGAUCCUGGCAACGUAUGAAUUAGCCCUGAAGCACUGACGCGUCGUCGCGACCAUGUGUCAGUUUUAUGACUGUCCUUAGCAUCGUUAAGAUAAUAGUUUGGGGUGCAGCGCGCAACGUGGUUGCAGUGGCGGUACCUGUGUGACGUGGUGUAUAGUGGUUUUGCGUGAAGGUACUUGUCCGUGCGGCGUUGACGCUUUUCCAUGCCUAAAUUGAAUGUAUACGUUAAUGGCCCGUGAUGAUGUUGUGUAGCGGCUGCACGCGGUGUUGUGGAUAAUUGGUCUGCGUGUACGCACUCUUGGGUUUUCAUGACCUGUACUGGGGGCCCCACAUGUUUUGGUCGGGCGGCACUAGUAUUGACUGUAUGCUGGCAAUAUGGUAAUAGCGGAUAGGCGGCGCCAGCUUAACGUGUGGGGGAAGCUCUCGGUACUGCAAGGCAGCGGAUGGUUCGGUUGUGCAUGUAAGCGUGGCUGUGUGGUUCAGGAUGCGAGUACGCGGUAUUUAUUGAAUUUUUUAACUGAGAAGCGCGUGGUUUGAGUUGGGUUUGCUUAAGUUCAGUCGCAGCCAUUAUAACCCCACAGAGCAUUCAAGGCAGGCUGGGUAAGGACAUUCCGCGGGUAAUGAAGGUUGUUGAUGAAGUUAUGGCCGCAUGGCCAUUGGGUACACAGUAAACGACUACUAUGACACGGACAAAGCUCGCGAUGCCAGUGUUCCACGCUUCUUAUGCCGCGGAUCUUCUCGUGAUGACACCUUGUUGUCGUGACUUAUCGCCGUGGCCUUAAAAUGAUCGCGAUUAGAUACCUUAUUAUGCAUUAUGGCAUUGCGUCAGUCGGGUUACCCGACGUGUAACAACCCUGCGCAUUC